ACACGGAAUCACAACAUUUCCGUUGAUUGGAGGCACUGGACGUGUAGACGAAAAUCCGAUAUACAAACUUUUUGGACCGAUUUUUUUUUUAAUUUCAAAAUGAAAUCGAAACCAGUGUUGACAUUUUCGAAAUUAGAUCCCGAGACGGGAGGUGUGCUGGAUAGGAUGUUUGACAAGAAGGAUAGCAUGGUGGAAAUUAAUCCGGGUAGGGUAAUUCUCCCAGCUGACUACAUGACUAUUGGUCAGGAUAUUCUGGAUAUGGAGGUUCGGGAUUCGGACGUCUGGAUGUGCUCUUAUCCUAGAACUGGUUCUACGUGGGCUCAGGAAAUGGUCUGGCUGAUCGGACAUAACUUAGAUUAUGAAGGCGCUAAGUCUCUACAACAAAUUCGAUGUCCCCUAGUGGAGUUAUCCUGCAUCAUGGUAGCUGGGCACUCCACAUGGUGCAAGGAGUCAGUUCAGGGCACGUCGGUAGACCUGGUGAAGCAUCGUCUGCCGUACCCUCGUUACAUCCGCAGCCAUCUGCCCUGGGAUCUACUGCCGGUGGGCAUUGAAAACGAUGAUGGAUCUGCCAAGCCGAAGGUGAUAUACACGUCCCGUAAUCCCAAGGACAUGGUGGUAUCGUACUACCACUACUGCACACUGGUGCACGGCCUCAAAGGGACCUUCGAAGAGUUCUGUGAUCUCUUCAUGAGGGACCGCGCCCCGUUCGGACCCGUGUGGAAUCAUAUACUUGGUUUCUGGAAACGUCGCCACGACCCCAAUGUACUGUUCAUAAAAUUCGAACAAAUGAAGCGCGAUCUACCUUCUGUGGUCAGGAAAACUGCUGAAUUUCUUAACAAAGAGUUAACUGAUACGCAAGUCGACAAACUAUGCGACCAUCUCUCUUUCCAAAACAUGAAGACGAAUCGAGCUGUCAACUUGGAGGCCAUCUUGGAAAAGUCUUUCGGAGUAAGCUAUCUGGAGUCGACAGAUUUGAGGUUCAUUCGGAAAGGUGAGAUCGGGGAUUGGAAGAAUCAUAUGUCUGAUGAUCUGUCUCGAAGAUUCGACGAAUGGGCCGAACAACAUUUGAAAGGGACUGAGCUGAGUUUCGAGUAAGGUCAUCCUCCUCCGAGCCUUUUUCCGAACUAUGUUGGGGUCGGGUUCCAGUAGUUUCGAGUAAGGUGAGGGGGUAUUUAUGCUUGAUUUUGUAGUGUUUAUUUAAAAAUAUUUUUGUACGUCACAAUAUAAGUUUG